UGAAAGUUUUUUUUUUGUUUUUGCUAUAGGAUUUUUAGUUUCAACUUUUAGACUUAAAUUCACAAAGGACUGUAAACUGAUGGUGUUCAGUUCUGGUACAACGGUGCAACAAGUGUUUAAAAGGCACCAACUUGCUUUGUAAAAACCCGCCACUUAAAGUGCUAAAGCAAUUAGAAUACCGUUUUUCCAACUAGUAUUAACUUUCAACUGAAAAGAGCUUUAAUUUCGUCCUCUUUUUAUGAAAAAGAAAAAAAAAGAGUUUAGUUGUUUAUGAAUGAUUGAAUUCGACGGAAGACAGAGUUAUCCUKUGAAAACUUAUCCGAAGGAAGGCGGGUCAUUGCCUUCUCUCGGUGGUCGAAUACCAGGUACCAUGUUAAUUGAAGCGAGUUAUAUUAUUAUAUAAUCAUCAUAAGUUACCAGCAUCCAACCAGUGUUAAUAAUGUAUUGGUUGUCAACUUUUAACGAGUCCGACUAUUAUCUUAACUUGUGACAGUUGUUUAAGCAGAAAACGAAAGCAAGCGUCGUAGCGAAGGCAGGCUAUCUUCCUUGUAGUUUAGAUUCGAAAAGAUAGCUUGUGUGAACCGUUGCCUUCUCUUGUGUUCRCUUCGCUUGGACAGCGCGACACAUAUCGAGCUACACAAGAACUGGGAUUAUUUGAGGCAGUAUAUUUAUUAGUUUUCUGUGAUAAUAACUGUACGUGGUAUUGAUAUUUCUUGGGUCAAAGAUCAGUCAAUCCAUCAAUUCAAGGCAGAAAGAAAAAAGGYAAACUUCACGAAACAAGAAACGCAUCACUAAUGUCGGAAGGAGAAGGCCUUUGGGCAGGAGAAAUAGAAAAGAGUUUCCAAGAAGCCCUGGCGAUCUACCCACCCUGUGGACGUCAGAAGAUCAUGUUAUCUACCAAAGACAAAAUGUAUGGACGAAACGAAUUAAUAGCGAGGUACAUCUUAAUGAAAACUGGUAAAAUGAGAACUAGAAAACAAGUAGCCAGUCAUAUCCAAGUUCUGGCAAGGAAAAAAAUCCGACAAAUUCAAUGCAAGAUAAAAGAUACGCAUCAUUAYAUGUCAGAUAGCGUCCAAGAAAUGAUGAGUAUGUCUUCUGCAGAGAUWCUUUCUCCCACGGUUCAACCUUUGGAGAAUAUCGAAUCAGUGGAGAGUUUUUCACCACCACCCAGUCUUCAUCAUAUCCCUUCGUAUCGAAGAGWGAGUCCGACAGAACAGAGAAGAGAACGAAACGGGAAAGGAAUGGAUAUCUCGUGUUCUCGUUCUCCUCCGAGAUUGCACUACCAUCUGCAAGACGAUUCUCAUGUGACUCGCAACGCUGGCGGAACUUCUCCACCAUCUUCGCUUCCAGGGCUCGAAAGAGCUUGCUCACGAGAGAGUGCUUUUCACGACAACUUCAACUGGGAUGUCCCCGAUAUUACCGAAGAAAUCCAGUCCAAAAUGUCCAACCAUAUAUUCCACGAGUCGCCAUCAAGCAGUUCAACCGCUAAUAGUUCUUGGCAAMUCGUACCUGGGCCUARGUACGACUUUAAAUGCAAAGAAGAAUWUGUUCAUUCUCGGCCAACUUGCCCAAGCAUUGKUGUAUCUUCACAACCUGGUCUACAUGAGACUCCGUCUUUUGAUGAUUACCUUGCGUUGGACGCAGAUCAGACCUGUCCAUCGAUAGACUUUUCUGGGGUAUAAAUUCAAGUGUUGAAGGAACACAAACAGUGCUUGUAAGUCUGUCAUUUUCUUGACAAUACUGUCGCUAUUCUUUCACAUGUUAAUUAUUUGAACAAACUCGUUUUUCGGAUUUGUUUAAGAAGCGUAUAGCUCUGGUUUCAUUUGAAAGAAAAUCGUCUUUCCUUAAGUAAGCCUCUUUCAUUUGAUAAAACUAUAAUGGUUUAUUCAAAUUUUUAUCCUCGAAAACAAAAAAUCUCGCUUUUCAAAAUGCGCUGUGAACAGAUUUUUUAGGAAUUCUGUUUCGAUAAUAACAAUAAGUCGUUAACACCAUUGAUCAUUUCUCAACGAUAAAAGAUUGUAUUUUUUUAUUGUUCUCGUGAUAGUUUUGUGGCAAGGAGUUWGGUUCAUCUCGUGAAUGACGAGUUGCACGUGUAGUUACCUCCGCUCACAACGAAGACUUACUUGAUCCGUAAGAACCUUUUCGAUAAAUUUCGUUCUUUGUUAUCGUGUUUAGCUACCACUUCAUUAGUUAUCAGCCUAAYACUAGACAAAUAACAUUGAAGAUCGUUUGAAUGUAAUUUUCUUUUCGCAUGUUUUUGACAAUUUAACCCCGUCUGAUCAAUUUUGUUAUUUGGGUCGUUAGAGCAUUUAUUCAUUGGACUUUGCCACCUUCAGCCGGCUAGCCCGAGGAACGAAUCGAAAUGAAAGAAUCGUUGUAAACUUUGUAAACCUUUUAACUUUCAAAAUUUAUUUUAAUAUAUUGGUAUUAGACUUUAUUUCGUAGUUUCAGACUAUCGCACAAAGAUGUCUUGUUCACGGUUUGUUUGCUAUAGACCUGCUAACUUUGUGCGCUUCAUUAGUUUACCUGUCUCGCUUUCUUUUUGCCAUCAAGAGAUAGUCCUUUCAUCGUACCAUUAUAUACUAGUCAAUCAAAUUAUGACUGUCCAAUCUAAACAAUAAGAUUGUAAACACUGAUAGUCGAUACUAGAUAUGAUUAAUUCUGUUCUGCGGAUACGUCGAAGUUUACUGUCCAUUUUUAUUAAGGUUUAUAGUUAAUAGGGGGACAAYGAGAGCAGUCCCCUCUACUAAUCUAUUCUAUCUAUUCAAUCUUCGUUUGUAGAAUCAUAUUGGACAUUUUUAGUUUAGGUAAAAAUACAUUUACAUAUGCGGUGGAUCUAUAAUUAUUUAACUAUACAGGGCGAGAAACUUUUAUUGCGUUUUGUUUUCCUGUUUUCAUGUGUUCACAAAAAUCGUUAUAGAAGGUAGAGAAGGGAAGGGAAAGAAAGAAAACAAAAGGAUGAAGGUACGCGAAAGAAAGAAAGGAAGGAAGGAAGCAAGCAAGCAAGCAAGGAAGCAAGGAAGAGAGGCAUCUUCGAGUAUGAAAUAUUGAGUCGUUUGCUCAUAUUCCGUGAGGAUAUAUACGCAUUACUACACCUUCAGCCAUAUUAUUAAGACCAAUCCUAUUGCUUUCUUUUGUAUUCAUCCUACUCCAGCAGGUUGCCAUUUGAUUGUGACAUUAGACCUUAUUGUAGGGACGGUUCUAUGUUUUACCGGGUAGGCUAGGCCUGUGGGAUUUUAGGGAAUCAUAAAAAUAUUCAGUCCCAAAGGAGGGGUGGGGAAGAGAGACACUUAAAAAAUCGAGUCGCACGAGUGAUUCCCACUGCACUUCUACCCCAUAAAAAAUGAACGGUCGUUUACGGGUUGAAUGAAGUCACUCUUAAUUAAAACAAGAGCUAGCCUUUUUGCGCUUCAUCUUUCCUUUACUUAUACCAAGUAGGAUUCCGACGCCUAUAUUCUGCUUCCUAUUAGCGAUUUAUUCUCCUCGUAUACAUGUAUAUAUUUCAUACGCAUAUGGACCUCUUGCAUGUGACGUCAAAGCAGCUCAAUUUGGAGGACAAAACAAAAGAUUUUCAAUCUCCUGAGAAUUGGAAACUUACUGUUAUGUCCUCCAGAUUGAGCUGCAUUCUGACGUGCUGCUAUGGUGGAUUCUUGCCCGGCGAUAUGCCUCUGCAAGACUUAAGACCUUGUGUUGAAGAUGCAAUCUCUUGGACAUUCAAAAACGAGAACUUACCAUUCUCGUUUCCAGAGUUUGCAUUAUGGGAACGAAAAUGAGAUGGGAAACCAGCUAAUAUGGUGUCAUGGAAACCAGGUAAUAUGGUGCCAUGGAAACCAGCUAAUAUAGUGCCAGUCUACACAGAAGCCAUGUUAUCUAUAAGCAAAAAUUUUUUCAUGAAAAAAAAAAAGACAUACAUAUCAUCGUUCCUUCCCUACGCAAUGGCUGCCUUUUUGCUGGUUGUCAUGACCGCCAUGUUGGUUGAAUUUAACAAACAAUUUUUUCUUUAGUCUCAUUUGUCGUAACAACCCGAACUUUGAGGCCAUGCUUAUUUUCUAUUUCAUUUUCUUAAAAAUGGUUACAAAUAUCUACUACUUAUCAUAGAAGAGAGGCUUUUAGGGCUGUAUGAYAACUUGUAAAAAGCUGUAAAAUAUUUACGAAUAUAUUAUUUUUAUAUUUUGCUGGCAUCCUUUUUUGCAUUAACAUAUUUUUGAAGAUUAUUUAUAUAAUUACGUAGCAACAAAGGGUCUUCCUCAACAYUAGCUUUAUGGUCACUUUUUUUUACAUAAAAAAUGGCAAUUUAUCUUUGCUGAUGCUUACAGAAUAAAACUUAAAUAGCUAUAUUUGAAUUAACGCUUAGCUUGCUUUAGACUUAGUGAUAAUCUAACUCAUUUAAUAGUAUAGGAAAAGUCACCAUCAGUAAGUUUAGUGAGUUGUGAAGUUACUACAAAGCCUGGUUCUCACUAGCAAUGCAGGGAGACGCAUGCCACUCCAAGCAAGUSCAUGUUCUCACUAUAUCAGGUGCAAGUGCAAGAUAAUGGAAGAUUUUGUGUUUUCUUGAUCUGGCUUUUGCUCAGCUUGUGUUGGCUUGCGUUGCUAUUGAGAACCACGCUUAGGGGUGCUCUUCAGGUAUCCAUGGAAACUUGUAAAGGAUUCACUAGCUGGGAAAGUGGGUAAAGGGUCACAGGAUCACAGAAGGGGCUGUUCAAAACCUGAUURAUAUUCAUAAUUUAGGAUUGAUCACAAAGUGAUCUGAAGUCUUUAGRUAAGAAUUUGUUAAUUUGGCUCUGAACAGCUCAGCCCAAGUUCUGUGACCUCAUAUCCACUGUAAAUCAAUAUAUAGAACAUUUAUUUUAGUUUUCAUGUAUGAUAAUAUAUUAGGUAGAAUUUAAUUUAGAAAUUACGUAGCCAAAUAAAAGCUAUUUAAAAACA